GUGCAGACAGCAGGCGGUGGGCGGGGUUUAGGGCGCUGGGUGCUGCUCCUCUCCUCUCCCUCCGAGAACAACAACACGACCCCGGGCUUUCCUUCCACCGCGAUGCCCCCGUCUCCUCACGCCGGGCGAUGAGCUAGUUCCCCCCGGGGGCCGCAGUGCCGUGAAGAUGGGAGUGUGCAGUGUCCCUGUGCUUCUGCUCCUGCUGCAGGUCCUGUACAUAUCAGCUGAGGACACGGAUGGUCCGGUGGUUUGCGCGUGUGAUCGGUGCCAGGGGGUCGUGGAGUGCCGCGGCGCCCGCUGCUUCUCCUCGGUCAAACUGGAGGGCGGCGCCGCUCUGUUCGAACGCGGCUGUCUGAAGAAUGACCAGCAGACACUCCUUCAGUGCUCCACCUCCCCCUCCCUCAACAAGGCCAUCCUCUGCUGUGCCACCAACCUGUGCAACAGCAACACCACCCGCGGAGCUCUCAUGGCUCUGCUGCCGUCAGCUCCAGAGGGCGAGCCGGUUCCCUAUCGUGUGGAGACUCUGGCCCUGUUCAUCCUGGCUCCUGUUCUGGUCCUGGUGUUGCUGUCUGUAGUGUCUAUCCUGGCCUGUAGGAGGCUCCACCAUGGCCGGCUGCAGAGGCUACAGGAGUUUGACACUGAGCAGGGCACCAUAGACGGACUCAUUUCCUCCAAUGUGGGGGACAGCACACUAGCGGAUUUGUUGGACCACUCGUGCACUUCGGGGAGCGGCUCUGGCCUUCCCUUCCUCGUCCAGAGAACUGUUGCCAGGCAGAUCAGUCUGGUGGAGUGCGUGGGUAAAGGCAGGUAUGGGGAGGUGUGGAGGGGCCAGUGGCAGGGCGAGAACGUGGCAGUGAAAAUCUUCUCGUCCCGGGAUGAAAAGUCCUGGUUCAGGGAGACGGAAAUCUACAACACAGUGCUGCUCCGGCACGACAACAUCCUGGGCUUCAUGGCGUCGGAUAUGACCUCUCGGAACUCCAGCACACAGCUGUGGCUCAUCACGCAUUACCAUGAGAACGGCUCGCUCUACGACUACUUGCAGCGCGUUGCCGUGGAGACGUCGGAGGGGCUGGCCAUGGCAGCGUCCGUGGCAAAUGGUUUGGUGCACCUGCACACGGAGAUCUUUGGCACGGAGGGCAAACCGGCCAUAGCUCACAGAGAUCUGAAGAGCAAGAACAUACUGGUGACAAAGGAUCUGCGCUGCUGCAUCGCUGACCUGGGUCUGGCAGUGACCCACUCGCAGGCGGACAACCUCUUGGACGUGGGCAACAACCCGAAAGUGGGCACCAAACGCUACAUGGCCCCAGAGGUCCUAGACGAGAGCAUCCAGACGGACUGCUUCGACGCCUACAAGAGGGUGGACAUCUGGGCGUUUGGGCUGGUGCUGUGGGAGAUCGCCCGGCGCACCUAUAGCAACGGUAUCGUAGAAGAAUACAAGCCUCCGUUCUACGACCAGGUGCCAAACGACCCGAGCUUCGAGGACAUGAGGAAGGUGGUGUGUGUGGAGCAGCAGAGGCCUUUCAUCCCCAACCGCUGGUUCUCAGACCCUACUCUUUCGGCCUUGGUGAAGCUGAUGAAAGAAUGCUGGUACCAGAACCCGUCGGCGCGCCUCACUGCCCUACGUAUCAAGAAGACUCUGGAUAAGAUCUACAGCUCUUUGGAGAAAGGCAAAGAAUCCUGAAAACCGCUCCCCAAUGUGGCUCCUAACAUGGACCUAAAGGAGGACCACAAACUAUCAACCUAAUUUUACUGUCCAGGCAUUUUUGGUACCUUACACCAUCAUUGCCAUCUUCCCUUGUCUUAAAAUACCAUGUUCUUCUCGAAACUUGACGCCUAUAACGGACUGCCUUAGACCCUGGAAUGGCUCUGGUUUUCCAAAGUUUGUGAUGGUAAUGGCAUUAUGCUCAAAGACAAUCAACCUACACAUGCCAAGAAAUGCCACAAUAUCAAAUGUUCACUUACAAAGGAAAAAGCCAAUAGGAUUUAACUUAAAAAACACAUAUUAUGCAUUCUUGUGGCUUUAAUCGUCUUUUAAACAAGCAUUUAGACACCGUGGGAUUAGUAUUUCACAUUUUCUAACUAUAAUAAAGUCUACAUUGGAAUCUUUAUCGUGAUUUCCAAUGAGGUAUUUAGAUGUUGGAGCUUUCUCUGCUGUCAGCAACCGGAAUGAAUAGUCAGAAUGUGAACUGAUGCCCUUAAACACCAUGAAUGCUACGCUGUUGGAUCCAUGUGUUUGUUGUCAACACAAUCUGAAUGCAAAACAAUUCCAGUGAUGCCUUAUGGGUUGAAAAACUGAACAAGAAAAGUUCAGAUUUUUACUUAUGACGCAACAAAACUGGCAAAAUUCAAACUGAACAUUUUUGAGUGCUCAGAGAAGACAACUUUGGAUUAAAUAACGAAACAAGCGUGAAUGAAAUAAAAUGUAACUCCAGAUGUUUUUGAUGAGGGGACAACAGUGUAAAAUGGGUAAAAGCUCAAAAAAGUUUGCAUAAUAUGUGUUCCUUAAUCAUUUUAGAAUCUGGAGAAAACAAAAAUGCCGCUGGUACUACACUGCUGAGUAUAUGUGGAUUUUAACGGUGCGAUUGUAUCCAUAGAAAUAACACUGACAUUACAGCAGGUUUAUGAUGGGGAUUUGUAAAAAGUAUAUAUAUUGGUGGUGCUUGGUGGUACAUACGUGUAAUUUGCCAGGUUUUAGACAGAGGAAGCACUUGCGUAUAGGAAUUUGCCUGUAUUAUAGAUGUAUUGCUGUAAGGAAAAGGAACGAUGGUAUUAAGAUGUAGCAGCCUGACCCAGACUCAUCCCAAUGACUGUGCACAAGUUGCCUGCUGCAUUCUAUCCAAAACACUACGUCGACUGGAGUUACAUGUUUCAAAGUGAGAAAGUUGCCUAAGUGUGUGGUUCUGUUUGAGAAAAUGUUGCUGUUUUUUAUAUGUAAUAAAUAUUUACUGCACUCUUAGG